ACCUCUGCCAGUUUUGAAAGUCUAGUGCUUCUUUUUAGCCAAGAUGCCAUUUUAUAAAUGUCUCCAUCCAGUGACCAUCCUUGUGGGCCCAAAGAGAGAUCUGCCGAAAAUACUUCUGUGUUUUUUGAUGCCGCUUGUGGAUUAUUUGGGAUGUGGAGCUGAUGAUGCAUCUUUGAGCGACCAGGCUCUUGAGCUUAUGGCAAGUUCACGUUUAAUUGAUGGUCACAACGACCUGCCACUGAAGCUGAGAUGGUUCUAUCAAAACAAGUUGAGUAAAAUUGAUCUAAGAACACUCAGCCGCACAGUCACAAAUAUUGAAAAACUCACCACCGGCCAUGUUGGUGCUCAGUUUUGGUCAGUGUAUGUUCUCUGCGGCGCUCAGAACAAAGACGCUGUGCGCCUGACGCUGGAGCAGAUCGAUGUUGUCCAGCGGAUGUGUGAAUCCUACGAGGAAUUUGAGAUGGUGACAACUUCUGAGGGCAUUGAAAACCUUCCAGACAAUAAGAUAGCUUGCUUGAUCGGCAUUGAAGGGGGUCACUCCCUUGACAACAGUCUUGCAGCCUUGCGGAUGUAUUACGAACUGGGUGUUCGAUACAUGGGGCUAACACACACCUGCAACACUCCCUGGGCAGAAACAUCAUCAAAGGAAGUACACAACUUCUACCCUCGCACAAAAGGAUUGACCGCUUUUGGCAAAGAAGUGGUGAAGGAGAUGAAUCGCCUGGGGAUGAUAAUUGACCUAUCGCACACUUCGGAUGCGACAGCCAGGGCAGCCCUCAAAGCCUCCAAAGCACCGGUCAUUUUCAGCCAUUCCUCUGCCUUCUCCGUCUGCAGCAAUUCACGCAAUGUUCCUGAUGAUAUUCUACAACAUCUGAAAAAGAAUAAAGGAAUUAUCAUGGUGUCGUUCGCAACUACAAUGUUGGCCUGCGGUGAGGAAACUGUGACCAUUUCAACAGUGGCAGAUCACUUUGACCACAUAAAGAACGUUGCAGGUUCGGAAUCAAUAGGAAUUGGCAGUGACUAUGAAGGAGCAAGGCAAUUCCCGGAAGGGCUUGAAGAUGUUUCAAAAUAUCCAGCCUUGAUCGAAGAACUGCUGAGGAGAGGCUGGGAGGAUUCAGAACUGCGUGGGGUUUUGAGAGACAACAUUCUGCGUGUUUUCAGAGACGUAGAAAAUGUGCGGCAGGAACUUUCAUCGGAAAGUGCAGGUGAAGAGGAGGUUCCUCCUCGGAAGUUCAUGCAUUCCUGUCGCUUAGACCUGAAGCGUCCUCCUGUACUGCCCUUGACGUCCCACGCAGCGCCUUCCUGGGGACAGCUGACCAGCCUAGUAGUCACUUUGGGGAUGUUUGCAAUAUUACACUGAGAUCAUCUCAUGUGACAUGGCUCUACCCGCCUAUUAUACACCUGCUGAGAAGUUCCAGUAUGAAACUGGAAGCUGCCAUGUGCUGAAACCGCUGCACCUCCUUCUUAAUUUUUACACUGAAAAGGAGAGACUGUAGCACUGUCUGCAUGACAUAGGUGCAUAG